UAAGGCCACGAUCAAUGCCAGUCGUGUGAAGUUGCGCGUGCGCAUACAUCGUCGCUUAUUUAUUUUUUAUUAAGUUUUUUAUAACCGCCACUAUGGCAUCAGCCGUGCUUAAGUUCAGUGUCGUACUGUUGGUGAUCGGCGUCUGUGUAGCUGAUGUUUCCCACCUGUACCAGAAUACGCCGGUGACAGAGGUGUGCCUCGGCUGCAUCUGCCAGGCCGUCUCUGGGUGCAAGCAGGGCAUCCAGUGCGAUGGAGACCACUGCGGCCUGUUCCACAUCACCUGGGCCUACUGGGCUGAUGCUGGCAAACCAACUAUUAACAACCAGAGCCCUGAUGCUCCUGACGCGUACCCCAACUGCACCAACGAUCCCCGUUGCGCCGCUCUCGCUGUUCAAAACUACAUGAAGAAAUUCGGUCAGGACUGCAAUAACGAUGGUCGCGUCGACUGCUACGACUACAUGGCAAUCCACAAGCUGGGCGGGUACGGGUGCUCCGGACAGCUCCCCUUCAACUACGUGAACGUUUUCAACCAGUGCGUGGCCACCUUCGCCGGACACCAGGGGUGAACUUCAUCCUAACCGAGAUCAAGAGUUGAAGGAUGUGCCAAAUACUUCGACACCACAAAGAUACUGAUUGGCUUUAUCUGUUGUCAAUAAAUUAUAAACUCUAAUAAUAUUAUACAGAUGUUACAAUUCGAAUCUCGUCAGAAUUCAUCAUUCUAGAAAAGUUUAUUACUAAUAAAAAAGAACUAAGAUAAUAAUACUUUGCUAUUAAGAAAAAUAUUAAAGUAUUAUAUGGAAAAAAGUCCUUCUUCAACUAAUGAUCCUGGGAUCGCUGCUGCGAUGAAUUUUUAUAUAACGUAUAUUUUUAAGCAAAAUCAACUACAUUGGAUGUAUAAUUUAUAAUAUUUUUAAUAAACUAGUCUUUAUAGGCUGAACCUAUAAAA